AUGCAUAGUGAAGAUCUUACUUCUACAAUUCUGUCGUCGAAUUAUUCUGGCGCCUAUGAUCAUAAACCGUUGACAAGUGAAGAGAUUUUUCAACUCACGAAUCAACAGCAAAAUAUUAUUUAUGGUCCAACUCUCUUUGCAUUGAAGUAUCGAGUUCUUCCUUGCACUGUAAAUCCAAGUAUACAUUAUGUUGGUAGCAACUAUAAUGAUGCUUCCACAUCCAAUUCGCUUGGUCAGUUAUUGUCUUCUACACGAGGACGACAAUGGUCUUCAAAAAGCAAACAAGGAGGAAUGUAUCACUCUACGAGUGUUUUACAUUUUAUCAUCAAUGAAUAUAAAAUUGAUCCGAAUAGUUUUAUUUACGAUUGGAGUUAUGAUACAUCGGAUAAUAGUUCUCUUAUCGCCAAGGUUUAUAUUGAUUUGGGAAAUUAUCUAUCAGUGCAAUUCUAUGGUGGUUCUAUAAGUCAUGUAAAUGUAGACAAUCCCAAUGAUCUCGAACCAGAUCAGGAAGAAAAAAUCUUCCAUUGCUUUUCCACUGUUAUGAUCUUCCACGUUCCACAAACAGCAGAUCGUGCACGAACACUUCUUGGACAAAUAUCAAAAUUCAAACUAUUUCCAAUAACUGAGGCUACCUUACAAAUGGUUUGUCAUGAUGCUCAAAGUGGUUUCUACACUUCAUCCAUUCGUAUGAAACAGCCUCACAUUACUGAUCUUAAACUUCACUACGGUGACGAAUUUGAGAUUAUUCAUGAACAACUUCUCAAAACAUUAGAAGAAAAAGAUUCUACUGGCAUUACUUUACUUCAUGGUCCUCCGGGUACCGGCAAAACUUACUAUUUGCGAUAUUUGAUCAAUGAAAUCAAAGAGAAAAGUUUGAUCUAUGUUCCACCUGAUCUUGUCAACGAAAUAACGAAGCCUGGUUUCUUACCGUUUCUCAUGCAAUAUCCGAACUCAAUUCUGAUCGUCGAAGAUGCCGAGAAUAUUAUUCGUGAUCGAAUACAAAACACCAUUCUACCCAGCCAGGCUGUAGCUAAUUUACUCAAUCUUUCUGACGGUCUUCUCGGCGAUGCUAUGCAUCAACAAAUUAUUUGUACAUUCAACUGUGAUGUCAAAGGUAUUGAUCCUGCUCUUCUUCGCGAUGGACGACUAGUGGUCGAACACAAGUUUGAUAAGCUGAGUGUAGAGCAUGCCCGUCGUAUGUGCGUGGAGUUAGGUAUAUAUGGUAAUGGCGAGGAUAUCCAUGAACCAAUUUCUUUGGCCGAGAUCUACACACGAAAGAAUGAUGCAGUGGCAAAUAUGGCAAACGGCUUUGGAAAUGGUCACACCACAACGCAAAAUAAACGACCAUUGAAGAAAAAAAAUCAGAAAACUGAUCCUUUUCUUGGCUUUUAUUCUUAA